AUGGACCUCGGCGGGGUCCUCGAAUUGGAGCAUCGCGUCUGGCAGAUUGUUCCACUGGUCGAAGGAGAGCGUUGCGGGAAGAAAUCCGUCAAUGGCGAGAGCUCUGGAGAAUGGAAUGGGAUAGGCGGUCUAGCAUCUGUGGUAAAGGUCAUCGAUGGGGUGGAUAUCGACGUCGCCACAGAACAAAACCUUCUUCAGAUUCGGGCUCUUAGAGAUAACGUCAAGGCACUCGUCAAGCUCUCGCAAUUCGCAUGGAGCAUCUAUCACACAAGUAGCUAA